AGUGUCUCACUGCCGGGGGCGGGGGGGGGCAGUAACAUUUGUGAAUGGCUUCCUACCGACCGGGAUGUGGAACGAGAUAUAAUGUUUUAUGAGCACUUUAGCAGAUGUUGUUUUUAUUCAAAGUGACGUCCUUCAGGGCUGGAUUGUAACAGGGGGGCGAUGUCGGACACCGAAGGCGCUCGCAGUCCAGACCAGCUGAAUAGAUUCGAGAGACUGACACACAGGCCGCCGCACGGUGAGACGUUAGCAGGUCACCGCACUCCCCCAGCCCGCAGUGGGCACCGCUGUGUUGCGGACAACACUAAUCUGUACGUGUUCGGCGGGUACAACCCUGAUUACGACGAGUCAGGAGGUUCCGAGAAUGAAGACUACCCACUGUUCAGGGAGCUGUGGAGAUACCACUUUGCCACCGGCGGCUGGCAGCAGAUUCGAACGGAGGGCUACAUGCCCACAGAGCUGGCGUCUAUGUCGGCUGUGUUGCACGGCAACAACCUCCUGGUGUUUGGGGGCACCGGGAUUCCCUUUGGCGAGAAUAAUGGCAAUGACGUCCAUGUCUGUAACGUGAAGUAUAAGCGAUGGUCGCUGCUCAACUGUCGGGGGAAGAAGCCCAACAGAAUCUAUGGACAGGCGAUGGUUAUCAUAAAUGGCUUCCUCUACGUGUUUGGAGGGACGACGGGGUACAUCUACAGCACAGACCUGCACAGGCUGGACCUGACCACCAGGGAGUGGAUUCACCUGAAGCCCAACAACCCGCCAGACGACCUGCCCGAGGAGCGGUACAGACAUGAAAUAGCACAUGAUGGACAGAGGAUCUACAUUCUGGGAGGAGGAACGUCCUGGACAUCUUACACUCUGGACAAGAUACACGCUUACAAUCUGGAGACCAACUCCUGGGAGGAGAUAACAACUAAACCGCAUGACAAAAUAGGGUAUCCUGCUCCGAGGAGAUGCCAUAGCUGUGUACAAAUCCGAAAUGAUGUAUUUAUCUGUGGAGGCUACAACGGGGAGUUGAUACUGGCCGAUCUGUGGAAGAUCAACCUGCAGACUUUCCAGUGGAGUAGACUACCAGCUUUGAUGCCGGAGCCGGCCUACUUCCACUGUGCUGCCGUCACCCCAGCCGGCUGCAUGUACAUCCACGGCGGCGUGGUGAACAUCCACGAGAACAAGAGGACGGGCGCUCUGUUUAAGAUCUGGCUGGCCGGGCCCAGCCUGCUGGAGCUCUGCUGGGAGAAGCUGCUCAAAGCCUUUCCCCACCUGACUUCACUCCCCACCAUGCAGCUGCUCAACCUGGGCCUCACACAGGAACUCAUUGAACGGCUGAAAUAGGCCGCACACUGGAGGACGGACACGUGAGCGGAUGGGACAGGCUGGACUGGGAGGAGUUGAGGUCUGACAGCACAGAAUUUCAAUUUGCAGCAACCUUCUCUGGGAAAUGCCCUCUCCCUCCCCUGCCUGACGUAGCCCCGCCUUAAAACCAAAAACAAUGGGAUGCCUCGUUUUCUUUUUUUUCUUUUGCUGUUUCAGUGAAGAUAAAUUAAUUAAAUGUGGAAUGUUUUAUGGAUUUUAUUCAACAGCCCCGCCCUCUUACACGAUGCCUUUGUGUCAAGCUCCCCACUUAUCCUCCAAACUGUGACUGGAAGUACUUCAUUUUGCCAUUGUCAUCUUUCAAGGACAGUCUCAUGUAAAAAAGAAAAAAGAUCUACCUUCUCUACUACCUGUAAGAAAUCUGUGUGAAGGAAGAAUGCAUGUGUAUUUAUUUGGACUACACCCCUCCCUCCCCAAGUAACCUGAAAUUGCUGUUUGCACACUUUUUGUCUUGCAUAUUUGUGAACAUACUUUUUUUAAUAGAUCUUAUCAGUCUAAGACUAAAUAGUGGCAGACAGUAGUUUUGCUAAAGGAUCAUACCAGUGUUUUUGCACAUUAUGGCCAAUUUAAUGCAAAUCUCAAAUCAAAUUUUCCUUUUUUUGUGACCUUCUGGGCAGCUUUUUUUAUUUCAAUUACCCCCUUACGGUAUUUAAAUCAACUUUGAGAGUUGCUUUAAGUCCUUGCAGAGUCAAUCUUAUGGGGAUUUCUGUUUUAUUGUUGAAGUUAUGUUAACUUGCAUUAGUUUGGCAUAAAUUUACACCAUUCUAAUUUGUUUUCAUACUAUAAUGGUAACUAGUUCAUUUUGCCUUGAGGGAAGGAAAAACAUGUUUUUAAGUUUCAGCUCAAGUGUGGUAUGCCUUAAAUGCUCAUGAGUAAUGUUUGUGGAAAAUUAGCGAAAACUUGCAGAAACACUAUAUGCUCUUAAUUAGUGUACGGAGGAUUCAAUGCUGGAUUAUUUUAUGUCUGAGCAUUUCUAUUUCCUGUAUUUUGGGUUACAGCCUAAUCUGGACAAACAGUCAGUAAAUGUUUUAAGGGUGGAUUUCUUCCAAAUGGUUCAGUUAACACGUCAAUUGCUUUCAGCUCUCAUUUGUACACUAAACCAUGCAACACAUCACUGUGAAUAUGGUGCUCUUUAAAAUUAAUUCUAAAUGCUUUUAUUCAAAUAAAGACUUCAUUCUGUUAUGAGAUUUACUCGCACUCUGUUGAUGACACAAUGUUUUGCAAAGGGAGUUGCUUUAGUAGCUGACUAAUACCAACAUUGUUUUUUACUGCAGUGCCUUUUUCAAACUUAACGAGGCGGACAUUUCAUUGAAAGGCAGUAUAAGAUCUUUGCAUAUUUAAACAAAAGGGUUUCUGUUGUAAAUUGUGUUAAGAGAAUAUAGCUAUUUAGACCAGGCCAUUCAACCACUAAGCAUUUUGCUGAAAUAGCCAAUUUAUUUGCCUUUUCAAGGAUGUGGAGUUUGUAUGCGGUUACUGGGCAGGCGGGAGGACAGAAUACAGCAUUUUGGGCCUUUUGAGUAUUAGUAUCCUAAAAUAACUUGUAAAUAUUUAGUGUUUCUUUGUGUGAUUCAUAAAACCAAAGCCAAAUAAUUUAACCUUGGAUAAAGGAAGUCAAAAAUGCUGAAUUAGGGGAGACCCAGGAGUGGAUUUUGCUGUUUGAUCUACCUGCACUUCUUUACAUUGUCCCUUGUUUCUGUUCAACAUUAACUACUUUGUGCAUGACAUCAUUUCCUGCUUUUAAAAUGAACAUUAAACCUUUACAAUGGGACUUAGUUUUAAUGAUUACCACUAAAAUGUUGUACAGUAGGCUUGUGUGAAUGUUGUGUACCGUCAAUAAAAGUAUUCUGUAAAGA